AAUCCACACUCAUUCAACCCUCAUAUGCACAAAUACACACAUACCACACACACAUACAUUAUAUUAUUCAAGAAAGAUGAAGGGUGCAGCGGUAUGUGUCUUGAUGGUGCUAGCUGUGGCCCACCUGAUGGUCGAGCCUGGCCAGGCCAUGACAUGUGGUGAUGUGACCAAAUGCAUAGGACCAUGUGUUCCCUUCCUGACAGGGUCACAGCCAAAUCCAGGCAGCGCGUGCUGUGACGGCGUCAAUCAGCUCAAGGGCUUGGCCCCCACCACUGCAGACAGGCGAGCUGCAUGCGCCUGUGUGAAAACUGCUGCGGCCAACUUCAAAAACCUAAAUGCGGACGCAGUGAGCUCAUUACCGGCCCAAUGUGGCACACCACUCCCCUUCCCGAUCAACAAGGACACCAAUUGCGAAAUAAUCCCUUGAAUUGGAGUUCCUUGGGAGAGAAAUAAAGAGAGGAGUAUACUGGCGUGCUGCUAUCUCUUCUUAGGUCUUCCAUAUAUAAAUGGUGAUG